AAGCAGCUGCCCGGCGGAUCCCUGCGACCUGUUGAACGAGUCGGCUUGAUACCGCCUUGCCUCCCGCCCUGAUGCAAGUGUGUGUGUGUGUGGGCGAAGCUACCUACAAUGACCCAGCCCACACUUCCUCAAGCUCACCCAGCCCCGGCAUGCAGACUACACACACACACGGGCUGUAUUCAGAGGGCAUCAAAGGGCGACCAUAGCCUCGCACCGGCCGCGGGUGAAGAAGCGACCUCCUAUCUCUCCAGAUAACCACCUCAGUAAGAAAGAUGUCCACCUGCCACUAUAACGAGACCAUGCAGUUCUUUUACAGCCUGAGCCGGACUGCCGGCCAAGAGGACAGCUCGAAGACUGCCUAUUACAUUGCAUUGGUGAUUGGCGCCAUCUGCAUUCUGCUCAUCUUCCUGAGCAAUGCCUCCAUCAUCUUGGUGAUUGUGCUCAACAGACAGUUCCACUUCCCCUUCUACUACCUGCUGGCCAACCUGGCAGCGUCUGACGUCUUUGCCAGCCUGGCUUACAUCUUCCUCUUGCUCCACACGGGCAAGCCGGCCAGGAUGAUGUCGGUGCAGCUCUACUUCCUCCGCCAGGCGCUGCUGGACAUCAGUCUGAGCGCAUCCAUCUACAACCUGCUGGUCAUUGCCAUCGAGCGCUACUGCUCCGUCAUCAAGAUGCAGCUGCACAGCACCCUGUCCAAGCGCCGGGUUUUCUGCCUCAUCCUCGGCAUCUGGACGGUGGCCGCCCUCAUGACCGCCAUCCCCAACAUGGGCUGGAACUGCAUCUGCAACAUUAGCACCUGCUCAACACUGGCACCCAUCUACAGCCGCAGCUUCCUGGCCUUCUGGUCCUCCCUGAACCUCCUCACGCUCUGCAUCAUUAUGUCGAUGUACUUGCGACUCUACCUCUAUGUGAGGAAUAAAACGUCCAAGAUUUCAUCCCACACCAUCGGUUCCAUCAAACGUAGGAAAUUGCCAAUGAAGUUGGUGAAAACCAUUGUAACUGUGCUCGGUACGUUCAUCAUUUGUUGGACUCCGGGGCUGGUCCUCAUUCUUCUGGACGGCUUCCACUGCACUAGCUGCAGCCUGGAGAGCUUGAAGAAAUGGUUCCUGCUGCUGGCUUUGUUGAAUUCCCUCAUCAACCCCAUCAUUUACUCCUACAAGGACCAGGAGAUCUGGAAGAGCAUUAAAAGACUGUUGUGCCAAGGCUGUGUGCGGACUUCUAACGCAGACCACGAUCAUUUAAACACGAGCUCACACAGGCAAAGCACCGUGUCUGAAAUUAAUGGGCCGAGUUUCAAGGCCUACGGACAUCAAGCCACCACUCGGCAGACUGGCAAUGCAUCCAGUCUACCUACCCCAGGAAUUGCUAAACUGCCACUGAGCUAAUUUGACGAAAGGACGUAUGAAAUUCUGUAAGCUUCUCACUGCCUUUUGGGUGAUGCAAUAAUUGGGGCUCCAUGGGUGUAAAUUGGUCUGAGCUCCUAACUGAAUCUCACUUUCUCUAAAUCAUCCACUGAGCAAGCAAAGAUUUCCCCUUAAAAAUAAAGACUUCUUGGUUUUAA